AUGGACGGAGCCCCCGUACGCUUCGCAUCUCAGCCGCCGCGCCCCUGGGCCGUAGUAGCAGGGGAGAUCGACACGAAACACGAGGACACGACCACACGCGCCACCCACCACGCACCACGCACCACGCUCCGACAGCAGGUCAAGGCACACACUCGGGAGUAAUCGGGCGCAACCUUUCCUCGGCAUCGCAAUCUCAGUUUCUGGGACUCCAUGCUGCAGUUCAUGACGGGCCUGCGUCGCAUAGCCUCCGGACUCCUGACCAUCGCCAAGUCGCACUACGGGAACCCCAAGAUCAUGUUCUUCCUGUCCCCCCUACGCCCGCGGGGACGACAAUCUCAUCGUGGAGGAUACCCCGGCCGCAAACGUGCACGUCGACGAUGCCGAGCUCGGCGCAUUUCUCGACGAGAUGGCCGGGUCAACGCUCAGCAUCCGUAUGGAUCGCGAAAUUGCUGGCAAUGUUCUUGGCCUUUGCGCUUGGUGUGGUGUUUGGUGGGAGUGGGAGGGAGCAGGUUGCUUUUUAUAUAGCGUUCGGCAAUAGUCUAUAGGUAGUCUAUCUCGUGAAGCGGUGGCACUUUUUUUUGUCACUAUGUGUUGUCGAGGCACGUGUCAUACGCCUGCACUUCGACAAGUGCGUGCGUACCUUGGACGUGAUACACACAACGCAGAGGCUGUUUUGCGUUUCGCCGGGGGGAGGGGCACCCAAGUAUGGAGGUGCUACGAACAAGAGGCAAGUAGGUUUGGUCGGAGCUCAAUUUCGUUGAGUUGAGUCCGUAUGCACAAGAAUGUGGGCUUGAGCGGGUACAUGCAAGUUGCGUGAACCUGAGGGCAAGGGGUGCGAUUUUUUUGUAGUGAGGGAAUGGGUUGAUGCAAUUUGUUUCGGGUCAUUUGUGUCCUUUUGUUAUAGAUCGUGUGGUUCACAUGAGUUCUGAGUUGGUGCACGUCGUGACUACGUUUUGCAAUGUCGAAAGUGGUCGUCGAAGUUUGGGUUGUGAGCCCCUUAUAUGGUGGAUUUUAAUUGAUAGAUUAGGCUUUGGGAUGCAUCCUACUGAAAAUGGUGUCGAUGAGCGAUGAUCGUUUUGUACUUGUAGGAGCACCAAAUGCUGCUGCGAGGGACGCAACAAGAAGGCAAAUGAAAUAAAUAUUCAAAAGGAAAAUCUAGAAUUUUUCGGCGCCGUUAGUACAACGGCCACGGUCUCCACAGGGUUUUCCCAGGGUGUGUACCCCGCGAGGGUGCCUGAGUGGCAGGGUGGGGAGGCACGGGUAGAACAGCAGGUGCUUUGGUCAAUGUUUACUUGGUUCUAGGUACAUACUUCUUUCUGCCUCCGCCUAUGAUUGGCUGGCCGUUUGGGGUUAGGGUAGUUAGAGUUUUAGUCGGUUUCAUGCCCCUGCCAACGCGGAGAAUGUUUAGAAGCACUGCUGCCUGUAGUACCAGAAUAUUGCGAUGAUUGUCAAUCAACUGGUUGCUGUUUGCGGGGACAAGAUGCGGCACUUGUAGUGGUGUUAAGAAACAACUUUUGUCAUUCACUUUUUCCGCGUCGAGCUUGCCGCUGCGGCAUGCGAAGGGUGUGCUGGGUUGGUGGUGAUGAGAGAAUAUCUAGGUUGUUAUUCUAGGUACUACUAACAACGCUGUAGGUUGGCAUUACUGCGAUAAGUCUAGGUUGUUAUUCUAGGUACUACUACCAAUGCUGUAGGUUGGCAUUACUGCGAUAAAUCUAGGUUGUUGCAUUGGUCGGUGGUGCUUGGAUAGGGCUUGGUGGUGAACAAACGCUGCUGGUGUAGGUCUGCGGGACCGCCAAGUAAGUGUGGGUACAUAUCCGAUGUGCACCCCCCUGGGUACAUCGAAUAGUGGUGUUGUCUUUUGUCCAUGUUCUUGGCACCGAAACCUACAGCAGUGGGCGUCGCAACCCCAGAGGAGCUAUUCGGCGUUGUUC